AUGGCAAACAAGACCUUCAAGCUCAACACCGGCCAAAACAUUCCAGCCAUUGGGCUCGGAACAUGGCAAUCCGAGCCGGGCAAGGUCAAGGAGGCGGUGGCGCACGCGUUGAAGGUCGGGUACCGGCUGAUCGACUGCGCAUACUGCUACGCCAACGAGGAGGAGGUCGGUCAGGGGCUGGCCGAGGCGUUCGCCGCGGGCGUCAAGCGCGAGGAUAUCUUUGUCGUGUCCAAGGUGUGGGCGACGUACACGACGAGGUGCGAGCUGGGACUGCAGAAGAGCUUGGAGAAGCUGGGGUUGGACUAUGUUGAUCUGUACCUGGUGCACUGGCCGUUGUUGAUGAACCCUGAGGGCAACGACGACCGCUUCCCCAAGCUCCCCAACGGCGAGCGCGACAUCAUCCGCUCCCACAACCACGUCGACACAUGGAAGCAGAUGGAAAAGCUGCUCGAAACGGGCAAGACCAAGGCCAUUGGUGUUUCCAACUACAGCAAGCGCUACCUCGAGGAACUCCUCCCCCACGCCACCGUCAUCCCUGCCGUCAACCAGAUCGAGAACCACCCGGCCCUGCCGCAGCAGGAGAUUGUCGACCUCUGCAAGGAGAAGGGCAUCCACAUCAUGGCGUACAGCCCGCUGGGGAGCACAGGCGGCCCGCUGUUCACCGCCGAGCCUGUCGUCAAGAUUGCCGAGAAGCAUGGCGUGAAGCCGUCUGCCGUCUUGUUGAGCUAUCACAUCCCCCGCGGCACAACCGUCCUGGCCAAGUCGGUGACGCCGGAGCGCAUCACGGAGAACCUGAACCUGAUCGACCUGGACGCCGAGGAUAUCACGCUGUUGAACGACUACUCGGACAAGCUAACCAAGGAGGGCAAGCUGCAGCGGUUUGUCUACCCGCCGUUCGGUGUCGACUUCGGCUUCCCGGAUAAGUCAUAG